UCACCACAGGGCACAGAAUAAUAAAUUCGUAUAUUAAAAUACGUACGUAAGGACGUUAAAUGUAAAUUAUCAAAGAGAAUGGACUUUUCCUCCUUGGUUUGGUCUGUGCUCGAAACAAUUUUUUAUUCGCUCCCGUGUUCGUUAAUUAUAAUAUUGUAAAGUAAACUGUAAAAUGUAAACAGUGAAAACGAUACAUUUUUUUGUUUUAUCAAAUACUUACACGUUUUUUAAAAAUACGUUUUGUAAAACCAUUUCACUAUUCAUUCAGUAUUCACAUCGAUGUUGUCUGGGAUUGCCAUUGCUUCUGUUUGAUAUGUGAAUCGUGAGAGUCCAUUAUAAUAUUAUCUACUCCCCCAUAUACCGGCACAAUUAUAGGUACCACCCGAAUCGUGAUGGAAGAUGUGGAAGUUCCGUUUAAGGAUCUUCUUGAACAUAAACAUCCGGAAGUGUACGAGUAUAUAAAGAAUGCCAUGCGAAUGCUACAGCGGCAACAGAAUUUGUUGGCUAAGAUAAAGAAUAGCAAUUCAAUCGACUUCAAGAAAUCAAACAUUAAAACUGAAGUACUUGACCAAAAGGCAGAAAUAGUCAAUUGUUCAAAAACCAUUAAAAAAGACGAACUAGAAGUUAAAAAUCUUCCAAAUAAAAAUGCUGAUGGUGUUGCAGAUAAUAUUGAAAUGUUGGAAAAUGUUGAAAAAUCCGAAAAUCUAGAAGUUGAUAACCCAAGAAAAAUAAAAUCUGAAAUUAUUAAAGAAGAAGGAGAAUGUAGUGAAGACGAAGAAAAAUCUAAAGAUUCAAAACAAGUCAAUCAGUAUAGUUUGGGAGAAAGCCGGUUUAUAUUAGAAGAAACAACUGGAAUGUAUUAUGAUCAAGUGACUGGUUAUUAUUAUAAUUUAGAUAAUGGAUUAUUUUAUGAUGGAAACCAAGGGUGUUAUUAUUACUUUGAUGUAAUAGCACAAAAAUAUAGAUUAUAUUCCCAGGUGCAUUCAGAUACAGCUCAAUUACCUUCAAAUGAGCUCAAUGUAAAGAAACAAAAACAUACCCAAGACACAGUUGAAAGUAUUAGUGAGGUUAGUGAUUCAGAUAAUUCUGAAGAUAGUGGUAAUUUAAUUAUUAAGGAAGACACCGAAGAAGAUACUGAAGCAAAUGAAAAAGAAAUUAAAGAUACUAUCAAACAAACUAUUGAAAAGAAACCUAAUGAAUGUCAAGAAGUGAAAGAAGAAUUAAGUGUGGAAAAUGAGGCUAUUAAAGAUGAAAAGGAAGAAGUCAAACCUGAAGAUUGUCCUUCUCCACCUUCUACUUGUGAAAUUUUAGACAAGCGUUAUUUGAAUUUAUUGCAAUAUACAAAGUUAUUGCCAGCACCUAAGAAUAUAGUUCACAAAUUAACACCUGAUGGGAGUAAAGCAAAACAAUAUGCACAAAUAAGAAAUUGGUACACAAUCAAGCAUCAAGUAACUGCAAUUGAAUCAGAAAUUAUUCAGUAUGAUAAUCUAGUUUGGGAUCGAAUUGAACAAUACCUGUGUCAAAAUAAGAGAGAUGACAAAAAUUCCAAUUGGAAAUCAUACAAAGAAGUUAAAGCUAACCUUUCAGAUACACAAACUAAAUUGAUUAAAUCAAAAGUUGUUGGAUGGCCUCCGUGUAUUCGUAUUAUAAUAACUGAAUCCAAAGCAUGUAAUUCAUUGGUUGGUAAGCUAUUUUUAAUUACAUGUCCUGGUGGCACAAUAGGGCGUUCGACAAAUAGAGAUGUAGUAGUACCUGACGAUAAUGUUAGCAAGUUACACGCAGAAAUAUCAUUUAUUGGUAAUGUAAACAAAGUUGGUAGAGGUCAUUAUAUUGUUAAAGACAAGGGUAGUACAAAUGGCACAUUUUUGGAUGGUAAAAAACUUCCAAAGCACUCAUCUUCAAGUGAACCUCGCCAUUUAGUCCAUGGCAGUGAACUAACUGUAGGUGACACCAAAUUUUUGUGUCAUAUUCAUGAUGGCAUGGAAACUUGUAAUUUGUGUGAACCUGGUAUACAAGCUCCUCCACCAGAAGAAAGUGUUAAAAAUGUUGUACCUCCAAAACGUAAAUUUGAUGACGAACUAAAAAGUUUAAAAGAAAAAUAUGGAUUACUUGGCUGUGAACCACCUGACGCUGUAUUGCCAAAAGGAUAUAAAGAUAGAGCUGAUAAAAGAAGAAAAACUGUUGGAUCUCAAAAUGCAAAUGAGAAAACUGAAGUAGCUUGUGUAACACAACCAAUUCCUACAAAAAACAAAGGUUUCAAAUUAUUAGAAAAUAUGGGUUGGACACCAGGAAAGUCGUUGGGAUCUAGUAAUUCUGGAAUUAAAGAACCUAUUUCAAUGGAUGUCAGAGAUAAAAAGAUGGGACUUGGGUUUUCAACUAAUUUUAGUCAACCUGAACAACCCGAGACAAAUAUUUUAAUCAAACAAUCAAAAAUACGCUUUAACUUUGGUAAUAAAAGUAAUAUGCCAAUAAAAACGAAUCGUAUACAUUUUACUGAAGAUGAAACAUCAGAAGAAGAAAAAUAGUGAUUAAAUUUUAUGAAAAUUAAAAAUUAUCAUCUUGUCAACAAAUAUGAUUAUGGAAGGAAGUAUUAUUUCAACAAUAUAGAUUAUAUAUUAUAUUUUAAGUUGUUAGAAGAUAAUGCUAAAGAUUAUAACAUACAGUUUUUAAUUGAUAUUCCAAGUUCUCAUCAUAUUAUUGAAAUGUUUAAAAUGAAUAGUUUUGUAUAUUUUUGUCAUUGAAAGAUAAAUAUGUAAGCAAUAAUAUGUUAUUUUUAAAUUUAUUUUACCAAUAGGCAAUAUUA